GAAAGGGCCGCGGGGGCAGCUGCGCGGGGGGCAGGACCCGACAUGAGGUUGGCAGUAUCUCUUGUGACCCUAAAAAUAUGACUGUUUGCCUACUGCACCAAAACUCCUAAAUAUUUCAUCUGCCAUUUGGACACCUGGCUUCAACUACAAUGCAACAAGCUUUAGAACUGGCAUUGGAUCGUGCAGAGUAUGUCAUUGAAAGUGCCCGUCAGAGACCUCCCAAACGAAAAUAUUUAUCCAGUGGAAGAAAAUCUGUAUUUCAAAAGCUAUAUGACUUGUAUAUAGAAGAAUGUGAAAAAGAGCCUGAGAUAAAGAAGCUGAGGCGAAAUGUGAACUUACUUGAGAAGCUGGUUAUGCAGGAGACGUUGUCAUGUCUGGUAGUGAACCUCUAUCCAGGGAAUGAGGGUUAUUCGCUGAUGCUCAGGGGGAAAAAUGGAUCAGAUUCUGAGACCAUUCGAAUGCCUUAUGAGGAAGGUGAACUCCUUGAAUAUUUGGAUGCAGAGGAGCUGCCACCUAUUUUGGUUGAUCUUUUAGAAAAAUCUCAGGUUAAUAUUUUUCAUUGUGGGUGUGUCAUAGCAGAAAUACGUGACUACAGGCAGUCUGGUAAUAUGAAAUCUCCAACAUACCAAAGCAAACAUGUUCUUCUGCGUCCAACAAUGCAGACUUUAAUUUGUGAUGUGCAUUCUAUAACAAGUGACAACCACAAAUGGACACAGGAAGACAAACUUCUACUUGAGAGCCAACUUAUCUUGGCUACAGCAGAGCCUUUGUGUCUUGAUCCUUCGAUAGCAGUAACCUGCACAGCAAACAGACUCCUCUAUAACAAGCAGAAGAUGAACACUCGCCCAAUGAAACGGUAUUUCAAGAGAUAUUCCCGGUCAUCUCUGAAUCGGCAGCAGGAUGUGGCACAUUAUCCAACUCCACCUCAGCUCAGACUACUUGACUACUUACAGAAAAGAAAGGAAAGGAAAGGAGCCCAGCAGUAUGACCUCAAAAUUUCUAAAGCUGGAAAUUGUGUAGAUAUGUGGAAACAGAACCCUUGCUACUUGACUGCACCUUCUGAAGUUGAUGUGGAAAAAUAUGCCAAAGUGGAAAAGUCUGUCAAACCUGAUGACUCUCAACCUACUGUCUGGCCAGCACAUGAGAUAAGAGAUGAUUAUGUGUUUGAAUGUGAAGUUGGUAAUCAACUUCAGAAAACAAAACUGACCAUUUUUCAGUCCCUUGGUAAUCCGCUGUACUAUGGUAAAAUACAGACGUUCAAAGGCAGUGAGGAGAAUGACAGCCCAGUAACUCCAUCACAGUUCCUUAUUGGUUCCAAGACUGAUGCUGAAAGGGUAGUGAACCAAUACCAGGAACUAGUUCAAAGUGAAGCUAAAUGUCCAGUGAAGAUGGUUCAUAAUUCAGGUGGAUCAGUCAACCUAAGUCAUCUUUCUCCAGGGAAGGAAAUGGAACAGCCAGAGAGUCUAUCAGGGUCCGUGCAGUCUUCAGUAUUGGGGAAAGGUGUAAAACAUCGACCUCCUCCCAUCAAACUACCUUCAAGUUCAGGAAGUAGUUCUUCAGGUAAUAUUUUUAGUCCACAGCAGUCAAGUGGCCACCUAAAAUCCCCAACUCCUCCUCCUUCUUCUAAGCCUCCCAGUCUUUCUCGGAAACAAUCUAUGGAUCUUAGUCAAGUUAGCAUGCUUUCUCCAGCUGCCAUGUCUCCUGCGAGCUCUUCACAAAGAACCACCUCCACCCAGGUCAUGGCAAACCCUGCAGGACUUAACUUCAUCAAUGUAGUGGGCUCUGUGUGUGGAGCACAGACAUUGAUGAGUGGCUCAAACCCCAUGCUGGGGUGUAAUACUGGUGCCAUAACCCCUGCAGGUAUAAAUCUGAGUGGCAUUUUACCAUCAGGAGGUCUGGUGCCAAGUGCACUGCCAGCUGCAAUGCAGUCUGCCUCUCAAGCAGGCAGCCCUUUUGGUUUAAAAAAUGCUUCAGGUCUUCGGCCCUUAAAUCUACUACAGCUUCCUGGUGGUUCACUUAUUUUCAACCCACUUCAGCAGCAACAGCAGCAGCAGCAGCUCUCUCAGUUCUCUCCACAGCAGCAGUCCCAGCAGCCUGCAACCUGUAGUCCGCAACAACAGGGAGAACAGAGUGCUGAGCAAUGUCCAGCCAAUCAAGACCAAGCCUUAUCUGCCCAGCAAGCCGCUGUUAUUAACCUGACUGGAGUAGGGAGCUUUAUGCAACCUCAAGCAGCAGUGUUGUCUCAGCUUGGCUCUGCCGUGAACAGACGUGGGCAAAGCCUUCCUCAGCAGAGACUCCAGCUCUCCUCUGCCUUACAGCAGCAACAGCAACAGAUACAACAGUUGCGAUUCUUGCAGCAUCAAAUGGCUAUGGCAGCAGCAGCAGCACAAGCAGCUCAGCUACGACACCAGCAACAUUCAGGCAGCCAGUCCAAAAGUAAAAGGAAAAGAGGCACACCGACCCCUCCAAAGUCCUGAGUCUUGGGGGUUUUAUAUUUAAAAAAAAAAUAGACGCAGAGGUGAUUUUUAAAACUUUUUUUUUUUUUUUUUUAAAGAAAGCUCAAAAAAAAAAAUCAGUGUUUGAAAUGGCUGAUGGGAAAAUGAAUUUUUGAAGUAAUGCUGAUAUGUAUAAACUGUAUCGGGAAGCCAACUCUAUGGAAAAUAGGAAUUUCAUCUAACAAAAAGCUAGGGUUUGUUUUUUGCAAGUCACUUCAUAUUUUUAA